CACCUAUUUUGAUUUGAUUAUACCACCAUCUGACCUCUAGGCUUCUUCCCUGAUCUUGGUCUGAACUUGACUUUGCGUCUUCCUUACGUACGUGCCGUAUCUGAUGAAAAGGAGGCUACAAUAAUGAAGGUGACUGUGACGUUCGGACGGACAGGUGUGGUGGUGCCCUGUAAAGAUGGAUGGACUGUGAGGGACCUUAUCCAACAAGCUACACAGAGAUACAGGAAACUACUGGAACAGGAAGGUGAUUUCCUGGUCCGGACCCACCAUGUGGAAUACUGCGAUGGGGGCAUUUUGGACCCUGACGAUAUACUCAGUGACCUGGUGGAGGACAAAGACAAGCUGAUGGCGGUGUAUGAGGAGCAGGAAGCCCAGCAAAGGAGCGUGGCCAGCACCAACCCAACCCCUAGUCCGGACCUCUACCAAUCAGAGCUCUCUGUCUUUCAGCCAAUCAGAGGAGGUGAGAUUGAAGUCAACUCCUCAGCUCUCAAAUCAAACACCCCCCUGUUGGUGAGAAGCAGUAGUGAUUCUGCUCUUGGCCCCCAGCCCACAGAGACAGAACCCAUGACGGAGGACCAUAUCACCGCCCUGGGAUCUAGAGAACCUUCAGUGGAGAGGACUGGAGAGAUAGACAGACCCCUCGGCAAACACACUUUCAAUAGCAGUCUGACCAGAACAGUGGAGAUAUCGGGAGAGAACGGCCCCCUGGGAAUACACGUGGUUCCAUAUUGUUCCUCACUCAGUGGGCGGUCCCUCGGUCUUUAUAUCCGCGGUGUGGAGGAGGAGAGUCGCUCCAGGAAGGAGGGAUUGUUUCAGGAGGACGAGUGCAUCGUCAAGAUCAACAGCACGGAGCUCAUGGACAAAACGUUCAGCCAAGCCCAGGAAGUGUUCCGUCAGGCAAUGCGCUCCCCGGUCGUCCGCCUGGAAGUUAUUCCCUCUACCAACAGGGAUCGCUAUGAGAAGAGCCUUAUUGGUCAGCUGUUUAAUAACAAUCCUGGCCUCGACAGCAGCCCUCGAAUUGCCAAGACCAAAGAUCCUCCUCCUCCUAUCAAAGCCAAGCCUGCCUUUAAGCCUUCAGAGAAUCCUGCCGUGCAAUUGACUGAAGACGCCACCUGUCUGGAGGCUGCUGUCAGCCCCGCCAAAGUGAGGAGUGAGAGCCCUCUGUUGAAGAAAAGUCCUGCCCUCUCCAACCUGGUGGCCAAUAAGAAAGGGGGGCGAAGACUGAGGAUCGACCUAAAAAAGGGUUCAGAGGGUCUUGGAUUUACUGUCGUAACCAGAGAUUCUUCGGUCCAUGGUCCUGGUCCAAUACUGGUAAAAAACAUUUUGCCGCGAGGAGCUGCCAUCAAAGAUGGCCGUCUCCAGUCUGGUGACCGAAUAUUAGAGGUGAACGGUGUGGACAUCACAGGCGUGGGCCAGGAGGAGCUGGUGUGUAUGCUGCGCAGUACGCGGCAGGGAGAGAGUGUGUGUCUUGUUGUUCUACGGCAGGAGGACAUGUUCAUGCCCCGAGAAAUGAGGGAGGACGUGUCCCGUGGGCACAACGGCCCGUCGGAGGACGGGAAGGAGCAGCUGAUGUUUGAGGUGGCCCUGAACGACACUGGCUCGGCGGGGUUGGGUGUCAGCCUCAAAGGGAACAAGUCUCGAGAGACGGGCGAAGACCUGGGCAUCUUCAUCAAGUCUAUAAUACACGGAGGAGCAGCAUACAAGGAUGGCCGUCUGCGCGUCAACGACCAGCUGGUGGCAGUGAACGGGGAGUCGCUGUUGGGCCUCUCCAACCACGCUGCCAUGGAGACGCUGCGUCGCUCCAUGUCCCAAGAAGGGAACCUGCGAGGGACAAUUCAGCUGGUGGUGCUGAGAGCUGUGCAGGAACAACACUGGGUGUCCUCCAACCGCUCCUUUGACAGCUCCCAGGGUGUGCCUGGAUUGGCUAGUCCACCAAAUGGACAGACGGGAUUGGUCAGUCAGGCCAGUGGUCCUGCCCACCCCCCCAUGUUGAUCAAUAGCACAGCUAACGCCCAAGUAACCAAUGGGAGUUAUUCUCGCAUGGACGAUGAUGAGGAUGAAGCGGAGCUGUCCCGUCAUGAAACUGACUUCGUUUCCACCCAGCACCCUUACCUACAGCACAGGGAUCUCUCCCUUAACCCCAGCCCGGUUGGAAUUCCAAAUGCCAGCUCCCAGUCGCCAGGCCAGCCCCAGAAGCAUUACCAGCAUGUCAAAGCCUCCAAGAGCAUGGACCUGGUUGCGGAUGAGAGCAAUGUGGGAUCUCUGGUUGGAAACAAAACAGCUCUAUCCCCCCCUGUGGAGCUGGGCCCUACCCUCGGCCUGAAGAAGUCCAGCUCGUUGGAGAGUCUUCAGACGGCCAUGUCGGAGGUGAACAGGAAGAAUGAGCUCCUCCCCUUCCACCGUCCACGCCCAAAUAUGGUCAGAGGAAGGGGCUGCAACGAGAGCUUCCGGGCCGCCAUCGAUAAAUCCUACGAUGGACCACCUGAAGAUGAUGAUGAUGAUGGUUCGGACCAGAGUUCGGGCAGAGACACCCCCGCCAGUGGCUCAUCCCGCCAGGGUGUGGGGGAUCAGCCAGACGAGAAGGACAAGAAAGACAAGAAGAAGAAAGCAAAAGUAAAGAAGAAAGAGAAGAGCAAGGGGAAAGGAAAAGAGAAAGACAGGAAGAAAGCAGAGGAAAUAGAGGAGACGGAGAAAAAGAGCAAGAAAAAAGGCUUUGGCCUACUGAGGUUUGGGAAGAGAAAAGAAGAAAAGAAGGAGGGGAAGGCGGCUCUACAGCGUCAGAAGUCAGAUGUCCUGAGUGAGGAAGAGCUGGAGAGGAUGAGGGAGGAGAGAGAGCGGAUCGAGGCAAAACACACAGAGCUUCGAGAGCGGCAAUCCAAAGACCCACGAGGUGGGGGAGCCCCGUACACCGAUGUAGAGGACGAUGACGGGGACCCUAACUACGCCCGCAUACACAACUUCAGGGAUCGUGAAUGUGGUCCCAUCCAACCCCAGUCACCACCAUACAACACAGUCCGCACACCCUCCCCUCAGCGCCUCUCAGCCUUCCCAGGACACGGUAACCAUGGUAAUGAUGCCGGGUCAACCCCAGACGGUGACCACUUGGACGGGCUCUAUGCCAAGGUCAACAAACCCCGAGGAGCAGGAACUGCAUCACCUCCAGCUGCUGCUGCUGCCUCUGACAGCAGUAUGGACCGGAUCCAGCAGCUGCGUAGAGAGUACCAGCAGGCCCGGAGGGAUGGGAUGGCGCCAGCCUAUGAAGAACUAGACGCAAGACGCAGAGAAAAUGACGCACACAGGAUGCCGGGCAGAGGGACAGACCAUCGGCUGGCACCGCGUUAUGAAGAGGUAGAGCGUCAGUACGCCUCUUUGCCAAGGCGGGGCCCAUUGGACCCAGCAGACUACCCCAUGCAGCCCUGGUCAGGUCAUUACCCCAGCGCUUCCCAACCCUCGCAGGGAUAUCCCCCUUCUCCGACCUACCCCAACUCCAACCCCCAGCCCGGGCCGGCCUACCCCGGCUACCCUCCCGGCCAGCCGUACCAACGAUCGGGGGACCUCCGAGGGGUCGACCCCGGAUACUACCCCCACCCAAGCCCCCACCAUCAGCCCCCACCCCAACAGAGAGGCCCUCUGCGUCAGGAUGUGCCCCCAUCCCCUACCCCUCCACUCCGGGGGCCACGGUAUGACACCAUGACCCGUGGAGGGGGUUACAGGCCCCGGGGGGAGCUCAGUCCUGACCAGUAUGGCUAUAUGGGAGAGGGGGGGAGACAGCAGCACCAGCCUAACCCCAGACAGAAGAACCCUGUGACUGCAGCCGUGUAGAGGGAGCAGAUCCAGUCAACAUGCAAACCACUAACUGAGAUGCUCAACUGAAUAUGUUCAAUGCUCACUAUUUUGUAUUAGCCAACUUCUCCACUCUCUGUCAAAAGUUAUGCCAUUGAGAAUAAGAUGAAGACUUUUUAAUGUUGCAUUUUGUAUUUUGAACAUAAAGGUUGACUUGUAGUUUCAACGACAACAUAAUACAAAGACUAGUUAGCUUAAUGAAGCUAGCUUCAAAGUGGCUAGCACAAUAGAUACAGUUGGUUGUUAUGUGAAAUCUUUUCAAGUACUGGGCACUUGUCUUAGUCUGCCAGGAGUGUGUAAAGGGCAGGGAAUAUGCUUUUCAUGCAAACUGAUAGGUGGAUGAGAUGUGUAAUUGGACUGAUUUCAGAUAGAAUUUGACCCAGACUAGGUAAAGCCUCUACAACUUGCUGCACUCUACAGUACACUACUAUACUAAACGAUACAAUACUAUACAACACAAUACAAUACAUUUACAUAGAAUACAAUUACUUUGCUGCGCUAUUACAAUAUAAUACAAUUACAGCCCCAUGCUGUUCAAUACAGUACUUUAAUAUUGCAAUGCUUUGCACCUGCAAAACCAAUUGUUAUAAUGUCAUGCUGCUGUGCUGUUGCUACACCCUUAAAUGGAACAAUUUUAAAAAUGUUAAACAGCAAACUUUGGUUGAGGUACUUCCAUAAUGGCAUCAAUUUAAAUGCAAUAACAAUAUGAGUGUUUGAAUUGUGUAGAAAUGCACACAGAUGCUGAAAGGUGCUCAAAAUAUGAGCAAUAGUGUGUCACAGAUUGCAGUUGAGUGCCAUAAACUACAUUCCAGUCUUAUAGCUAUAACAUUGUCCUGGUAGAUAACAUGAAGAAUAAUGAAAUAGAAUGUAAUGCAAUAGAGUAGCACAAAAUAGUUGAUUAAAGACACAGGAUAGUGAACCUGCUUGCUUCUGUGCCCAUUGCUCUGUUGCUCCUCUGUAUUUUCUCAGAAUUGUGUUGAAGAAAAAAAAGACGUAAUAGUUGAGAUAUUCCUGGGCCGGGAAAUGUGUGCAUAUCUCAACCUGUUGAAUCAGGCACCGACUAUAAGACCUCACAGUGCCAGUAGCGUUAAUGUGAUGGCACAUCCAUCCUUAGGUAAUCAAUUGAAAAAAAAAAAGAACUGAUUUCUUACACGGUGCAAAGCUUUGAGCAGUGAUUUAAUGCUCAGCACUCAAUGAAUGUAUGUACUACAGGAAAAAAAAAUAUUUGAGAAAGAAGAAUUUAAAAGCUGGAAAAAACUUCAAAACAGUAGAAACUUAGUAUUCACUAAUCCUUAUCUGACAUCAAUUAUUGAUCAUUUCAAAUAAAAAAAUACAGAAAACAUAAAAUACACUAAAAUAUGUGCACAUGUUUUUACUGAUAUUAAGAUGUGAAAUUAAAGACAUCCAUUCGAUAAAUGACAUUUCAGCCUAGGAACUAAAUACCCCCUGCCAAGGCAUUAUAUUAACAUCUUUCUCUGAAUAACAGUCUAUAGAUGUCUUUUGCAUCAUCUCAAUCAUCUUAAUUAAGGCUCAUUGUCUCUAUUUGCGAUAAAGGGUGAAGGCCACUAAAUCCCUCAUGAUGACCGGACCACUUCCUGUCUUUAGCAUUGUUCUGUGUUUGAUUAUGUACAAGAGUCCUUGUAUGACUAAAGUCAUAUUUCAUGUCAAUGUAGCACUACGACAUAGUUUCUUUUCUAUGAAAUGGUCUCUCCCAUUUCCUUUUUAAUAAUGUUUUGUUGUAGAUUUUCACCACUUCUCCAACACACCAUGAACAUCAGCAGGCUAAAGAGUUAGUCUAGCUGUGUUCAGGAGACAAAGCUCUAACCUCAGUCUUGGAAGGAAAAAAAAAAAAUCAGUUUUAUCCAUAUCUGCAAACCCACGUGUGGAUAGAUGCAAUUCAGUGCAACCACAGACAGCUUAUUUUCAAGGCACAUUCCACUUUAUAUGUCCUGCCAAAUCUCACAUCCAAACCAAGUUGAGUCUGUUUACGUGUAUUUCAGCCUGAAGAUUUGCAAAUGAAGCAAAAUGUGUUUGUCACCAGUCAUACAGUAUAUAACGGUUACCAUCCGGUCAGCACAGACCGGACACCAUGACGUCGUAAUGAGGGCAGGGGUGGGAACAGUGUUAAUUUAAAUAGUGCAACACAAGUCACGAAACAAUGAUGCACCACUGAAACAGUGCAAAGACAACUAAAUAUUGGUGUUUUGUGGAGUUAUCAUGAAAGGUUCUCGUUGAAUUGCCAUUUUCUUGAAUGUAAGUCGGGUUCUUUAAUGUAAGGUUGACUAUUUUCUUUUUCCCGAUGACUGUUUUGAGUGCACGCAGUCGCCCUGCCUUAAAUUACAGCUUUAACCUCCUUUAUAAGAGAUGAUGAAUCUCUUCUUCUUCACACCACGAUGAUGGGUUUUAACAUGUGUGUUAAUAACAUUUCAGAGGGUUUCACACUCCAUCAUCUGGAGCACAAUGAAGCUUUGUCUUUGUUAAAAGUGUCCCCACAGAUUUCACAAAUAAGGCACUUUGGGGUUCUUUACGCAUGUUUUUUUUUUUUUUUUUUUUUACUAG